UUCGAAGCAAACCAUCUGCUCACUCUGAUAAUCUCCCUCGGUCGCAGAUCUAAUUUUCUCCAGAAAGAGUGAGAAAAACUAGUAGGCAAUAAUGGAGAAGAUGAACCAGGCGUUUGAGAAGAUGAAGAUGCUAGUGGGAAUGGAGGUGGAAGACGAACACCAAGCUGCAGCGCUAGAAGAGAACAGCUCCUUAUCCUUCAUGGAAGACUUCAAUCGCAACUGCACCCUGUCCACAAAACAGAGGUUUAACGGUUUCGCCAUAUGCUUCGUUGCAGGUUUGACUUGUACACUCUUGUCAAUGCUGGUUUUCUUCAAUCCCAUCAAGUUUGGAUUAACUUUCACGCUUGGCAAUCUUCUUUCAAUUGGAAGCACAGGAUUUCUCAUAGGCCCCAAGAGGCAAGUGACGAUGAUGCUUGACCCUGUUCGUAUUUAUGCAACGGCCAUAUACCUUGCAAGUAUGAUCAUCGCCUUGUUUUGUGCUCUCUAUGUUCACAACAGAUUGUUGACACUUCUGGCAAUUAUUUUAGAGUUUGGUGCACUAAUCUGGUAUAGCUUGAGCUACAUCCCUUUCGCGAGGUCCAUGGUUUCAAAGGUCAUGGUUUCCUGUCUUGAUACUGAUUUUUAGAGUGAUACACACCAUAUAUAAGAGACCAUGAUGUAUCCAUUCAAGAACUUCUUAACAUGAUCACCCUAUGUGUCACUUUUGCGAGCUGAUGCACACAGGGAGUCUAGUCCACUCUGAACUGCAGAAUUGAGAUUUGUGUAUGCUGGACUGAGAUUGUGAUCAACUUUACCUAAUUUCCUUAUGGUAAUUCUAUUUCUUGACAUCUGUGUUAUGAGAAGAAACUUGACUCGCCUAUGUUAAUAGAAAUUGAGCUGUUAUUGAACUAUGUAGUCUUUUCAGCUAGGCCGUUGAACUCCAUUGAAACCAACUCAGCUGUUGUCUUGACGAGGUACAUUUGCUGAAAUUGUGGCGUUCGUUAAUGGAGAUGUAUAUUAUAUGUA